UAUGAAUGAAGUAUUCAAAGCACAUAAACGUUUAGUAGCUCCACUGAUAGAUUAGAUUAUUAGAAAAUCAAUCUUAACACGUUGUCUUAUGUUUUGAAUCCCCGCUACAUUAAUGUGGGCCGAACUUGCCAAGAAUGGUUAGUAUUAACACUAAUGAUUUGAAAGUUCAAAACAACAAUACAAAUACCACGACCAUGACCCACAGAGUGAAGCUGUGGAGCAGAGAGAAGUAGCAUCACGUUAUCCACUUCCCCUCCAUAAAAAAUCACAAACAUCUCAUAUCUGUUCGAUCUAUAUCCAAUCUCAACUCUUUCUCCAGACUCCGUACAUUAACCAAAACUUCUUUUUAUUCGUAAUGAACCUGAAGUUAUUCCAGAUAUAGCAAACUACAGGAUGAUGAUAAACCUCUCAUCUUCUCCGCCUGUUGCUGCGUCUUUUUCUUCUAAUUUAUUACUCGCCAGAUUAACAAAUUCAAAGGCACCCACUUCACAAUACCAUACAAGAAACAAAGCCCAGAUUUCAAAAUCAUCACUUCACUGCUCAUUUUCUUCUUUACGCUUCUUCAAGAAUCAAUUCCCUCGUGGUAGGAGGGGAAAUUACAAGCAUAACGCCAUAUCAGGAUUGGAUUUCAGCGCGUUUCAGGAUGCACAGUCAGUUCUUGAGGCAGCUGGAGUAUUGACCGCCAUCAUCAUAGUCCAUGAGAGUGGCCACUUUUUGGCAGCUUAUCUACAGGGCAUUCAUGUAAGUAAGUUUGCGGUUGGGUUCGGUCCAAUUUUAGCCAGAUUCAAUUCCAAGAAUGUGGAGUAUUCAAUUAGAGCAUUUCCUUUAGGUGGGUUUGUUGGAUUUCCUGAUAAUGACCCGGACAGCGGUAUUCCAUCAGAUGAUAGGAAUCUGCUAAAAAAUAGACCUGUUAUGGAUAGAAUGUUGGUUAUUUCAGCCGGUGUGAUUGCUAAUAUAGUGUUUGCUUAUGUUAUAAUCUUUACCCAAAUUAUAUCAGUUGGAUUGCCUGUUCAAGAGGCCUUCCCUGGUGUGCUUGUUCCAGAUGUUAAGCCAUUUUCAGCUGCUAGCCGAGAUGGUAUAGCCCCUGGUGACGUCAUUCUAGGUGUUAAUGGAGUUGAUUUCAGCCAAACGGGACCUAAUUUGGUUUCUGAGGUUGUGGAUGUAAUUAAGAAAAGCCCUACUAGAAAUGUGUUGCUGAAGAUAGGGAGAGGAGAGGAAAGGAUGGACAUCAAUGUCACUCCGGAUAUGAAUUCGGAUGGUACGGGUCGCAUCGGGGUCCAAUUAACGCCCAACUAUAAGGUUUCAAAAGUUAGCCCGAAGAAUAUAUUCGAAGUAUUUGGAUUCACGGGAAGUGAAUUUUGGGGACUUGCUGCUAAUGUGGUGGGCGGUUUGAAACAGACCUUUUUAAACUUUUCUCAGUCUGCAAGUAAGGUUUCGGGCCCUGUUGCGAUUAUAGCUGUUGGUGCUGAGGUGGCAAAGUCAAAUGUUGAUGGUCUAUAUCAAUUUGCUGCAAUUUUGAACCUUAACCUUGCUGUGAUAAAUAUUCUUCCUUUGCCUGCUCUUGAUGGGGGUUCACUGGCUUUGUUACUCAUAGAAGCGGGUAGAGGUGGGCGGAAGCUUCCGAUUGAAGUUGAGCAACGUAUUAUGUCAUCCGGAGUGAUGGUAGUCCUAGUUCUUGGAGUUUUCCUUCUUGUGCGAGACACACUCAAUCUUGACUUCAUGAAAGAUUUAUUGUAAUGGUUUGGAAAAGUGUUCAAAUGCAGAUAUCCCAAGGAAAUCAUGUUACGGCCUCCUACCUCCGAGACCUCAAUAUAUAGAACUUUUGAUGGAAAAUAUGGAAACAACGGCAAGUGAAACAUCACACAGUUUUUCAUUAUCAUCAGUUUGAUGCAUCUCCAGGUGAGCAAACUGACCCCGCCUUUCUUCAGACACACAUUGACACGUGACGACGACUUGUAGUAACCUUAAUUUUUUGAGAAUUAAUUCUCAUUCAUGUACCCCUUAACAAGCCACUUCAUGUCUAUUAAACUCUUUCUGACAAUCUAAUAUCACCAAUGGUAAAUUGUUAAAGGUCCUUAAGUUAUUUCUUUUUUUAUAUAAUGUGGGCGUCCGGACUAGUUUUGACUCCCAUAAUUGCCCUCUAGAGGGGGUUCCGAACCAGUGACCGGAAAGAAUUGAUCCCGAGAAGGUUGGUCCCGAAGUUCUUAAACAGGUCAUGUGCUUGUGAAUUAUAUGGUAUCAUUGCUAUGUUAUGUUCGUUGUUGCUGUUUCUCUCUAUAUAAUUAAUUCAUGGGUUGUAAUUCUCUUUUUUAUGGAGAGACUUUAAAGGCAUGGAUUCUGUUUCUUUUACCUGGUUAUAAAAACAUUCAACACUCG